AUGCAUUUGCACCAGUCGCUGCUGGGGCUCUGCCUUGGUAUCAACACAUUCGCCGCCGCCGCAUUACUUUCUGAACCCGGCGAGGUCGCCAUCAUACCAUCGUGGGACAUUCAAUCAACAGAAAGAGUCGGGGCGGAUCUUGCAGCAUUAUCCCGACCUGGUGUAGACAUGAAAACAUGGCACGAAAUCGACAGCUCCCGCUGUACUCUCAUGGGCUGUCUAAUCCAAGCCGGUGUGUACCGCGAGAGUGGGCUGUUCUUUUCAAAUGCGCUCCAGAGCUUCAAUUCCAGUCAAUUCAAAGUUCCUUGGAUAUAUCGAAAAGAAUUCACUCUUGAACCUAGCCCUGGAAAACGCUAUUUUCAUCUGCAGACUCAUGGAAUUACCUCGAGUGCCGAUAUUUAUCUAAACGGCCAGGAGGUCGUGACCAGAAAGUCUCAGGCGGGUGCUUAUGUCGGGAAUACUUUCGAAAUUACCAAAAUAGCAAACAACACGAAUGCGCUUGUAAUUCAAGUCUAUCCGACUGACUACAAUUAUGACUUUGGCCUCGGCUUUGUGGACUGGAACCCUUACCCCCCAGACAAUGGGACUGGGGUAUGGCGAAACGUAGAAAUUAAGCAGACGGGUCCUGUUUCCUUGGCUCCCCUGCGAGUAACUACACAAGCCAACUUGCCAAUCGAACAUUCCAGCGCACUCGUGAAUUUAAAGACUACAGCUACGAAUCUAGAGGAUCGCGAAGCUACUAUUGAGCUAACAGGCAGCAUCUCCCUAGAAGGCGCAAGCCAAACGUAUGAGUUGAACCAGACUAUCACGUUGCCUCCGUUGGGAUCCGCCGAGGUGGUCUUAUCGACAGCAUUAAACGAGCCGGCGGUCUGGUGGCCCAAGCAGUGGGGAAGUCAGCCAUUAUACGUGGGACAGCUAUCCGCGUCCAUAGAUGGAUCUAUUUCUGAUAGAAUAGAGCGAACGUUUGGUGUCCGUCAAGUAACGGCAGAGCUCAAUGCAAACAACGACACUAUAUUUUUCGUCAACGGUUAUCCGUUCCAAGUCGUUGGUUCUGGCUAUUCCGCGGAUAUCUUCCUACGAUGGGAUAGCGCCAAGUUCACUACACAAGCCAAGCUGAUGCUCGACUUGGGCCAUAACACAGUAAGAUUAGAAGGCAAGAAUGAGCAGCCGGAGCUGUACGAGAUCACGGAUCGACUAGGUUUAAUGGUUCUCCCCGGCUGGGAGUGCUGCGAUAAAUGGGAGGCUUGGACGUACAACGAAGACUUGGCCGUCAAGUCAGAAUGGACAGACGCCGACUACACUAUAGCGAAUAAGAGCAUGUACCACGAGGCUCUUAUGCAGCAGAGCCAUCCAAGCGUGCUAGGGUAUCUAGUCGGAAGUGACUACUGGCCUGACGACAAAGCAGCGGGAGCGUACUAUUAUUCGCUCGAAGCGGCGGACUGGCAGGCGCCCAUCAUUGCUUCAGCUUCAGAGAGGGGUUAUCCCAAGAUUCUAGGGCCGUCGGGAUUGAAAAUGGCGGGGCCUUACGACUGGGUACCGCCUAACUACUGGUAUGACGUCGAGCCAUCAGAGGACCGUCUCGGAGCUGCUUUUGGAUUUGGAUCUGAGCUAGGCAGUGGAGUUGGGACACCGGAAAUCAGCAGCCUAAAGAAGUUUUUAUCAGAGGCAGAUCUAGAUGACUUGUGGAAGAGCCCAAACAAGGGAUUGUAUCACAUGUCCACGAGCGUAUCAUCGUUCUACGACCGAAAGAUCUAUAACACUGCUCUCUGGAACCGCUACGGAGCACCUACUUCGUUAGAGGAUUAUUUGUUUAAAGCUCAGAUACAGGAUUAUGAGGCUACAAAGUCCCAGUUCGAGGGUUUUGCGUCCCUAUGGAAUGCCGACAGACCAGCGACAGGACUUAUCUACUGGAUGCUGAACAAUGCGUGGCCAAGCUUGCAUUGGAACUUAUUCGACUACUACCUGCACCCGGCUGGAUCCUACUUCGGGGCAAAGGCUGGAUCUAGGAUAGAGCACGUAGCCUACGACUAUAAUGGAAAGCUCGUGUACUUGAUCAACCGCUCACUAGAUCGAAAGGGGUCGAGGACGGUAACUGUUGAUAUCAUCGACAAGGAUGGCAAAACAGUUCAUAACAGCCAAGAAAGUUUCGAUACCGUACCAAAUACCAGCACGGAUAUUAUAGACCUUACAGACGCUCUCAAAUCGGUAACGGAUAUUGCAUUCUUGCGGCUCGUCCUUUCGGAUGACAAGAAUGCUACAUUGAGUCGGAAUGUGUACUGGCUAGCGAACAGCACCGACACUCUAGACUGGGAAAACUCAGACUGGUUUUACACGCCAGUCACAAAAUACGCCAAUUACACAGCCUUGAACAGCUUAGGGCCUGCUGAAGUCUCUGUCACAACUACGGCGACGUCGAAGCGGAGUGACUCCAAAGCAGGAGGACUCGGAGUGGUGCUCGAGAACCACUCUUCGGUACCUGCGUUCUUCAUCAGGCUCAACCUUGUUAACGAAGAGGGAGAAGACGUCCUGCCGGUAUUCUGGUCUGAUAACUAUGUCACACUAUGGCCGCAUGAGAAGCUCGAGCUUGAAGUCGAAGGUGAGGGUGCUGCUUAUGUACAGGUUACCGGAAAGAACAUUCAAAAGGCUCAGAUAUACUUGUAUGACUAG